AUACAUCUGUAUCGCUGGCUGGUGUAAUGUAAGGGAGGGGUAAAGAUGAAAUGGAAACAUCUUCCUCUUCUGGUCACGAUAUCUCUCCUCACUCUAUCAAAAAAGCAUCUCCUUCUGGCCCAGCUUAUUCCAGACCCUGAGGACCUAGAGAGGGGGAACGACAACGGGACGCCAGCCCCCACCUCUGAUAAUGAUGACAAUUCGCUGGGCUACACAGGCUCCCGUCUCCGUCAGGAAGAUUUCCCACCGCGCAUUGUUGAGCACCCUUCAGACCUGAUCGUCUCUAAAGGGGAACCCGCCACCCUCAACUGUAAAGCUGAAGGCCGCCCUACCCCGACUAUAGAAUGGUACAAGGGCGGGGAAAGAGUGGAAACGGACAAAGACGACCCUCGCUCACACCGGAUGCUGCUGCCAAGUGGAUCUUUAUUUUUCUUACGCAUAGUGCAUGGACGGAAGAGUAGGCCCGACGAAGGGGUCUACAUCUGUGUAGCAAGGAAUUACCUCGGAGAGGCUGUGAGCCACAACGCGUCGCUGGAGGUAGCUAGUAAGUAACGUGAGCUCUCUUUUCCGGGGGAAAUUGCAUGGUGGGAUCAUGCACGUUGGCAGUGGCAGUAAGAAAUAGCGCCCAUGUUCCAGACUUUGUAGGAGGAGAGUCUAGCUGUGUAUGAACAGAGCUUCUUGUGUCCCUUUUCCUCACUCCUCGUCCUUUUUGGGUGUUCAGUGUGAGUCGCAUUACACAGAGAUACAGAAAUGGUUUUCUGCCGAGUGUUUUCACUGAGACCCCUGUCUUCCCCUCUGUGAUUGGGUGAAUCUCAGAAGACAGUUUGAAACUUGGAAUUUUGUUGAGAUUCUAUAGACUAUAAGGACUUAGAAGUUGG